UUAUAAUUACAUGUGUAUGCGUGUGUGUAUGUGUUAUUCCUGCAACUUUGCUCUCUUUUGUUGUUGUUGUGAAAUUGUAGGCGAGCAAUAUACACGGUGCAAAGAGAAUUAACAGAAAAUUAGCGUGUGUAAUAGACGAAAAAAAGUGAUUGGCAUUGCCGAAUAUGAAUUGGUAGUAAGGGUAAUUGUAGCACACACAACACUAAUAAAUGUAAGGCACAACAGAGAAACACACACAGACACAAACAAGCUUACGAGUUGCCUGCCGCUGCGGAGCUCUCUACCCCCGCCCCUUUUACUAAAAAUGGCUAAAACUGCUGCUGGUCAGUAUGUGCGCAAAAAACAUGUAAACUGCCUUUGACAUGGACACAAUAACAUACAUAGGUAUAUCUUCGAUAUUAGUUGUAAAUAGUUAUUGUUAAAUAUGAAAACAAUUACGCCGGACACAGCAUCGACGGCAGCCUUGCCCCAAAUGCAGCAGCAACAACAUCAACAACUACAUUUGCCGACACAAGGCGCUACCAUUCCACAACAGCAACAUUUAACACCUGUGAUUAUGGAAGCCACGGCGCAUGUGAAUCUCGUGGAUGAUGAUGAAAAGGAUCCGCUGGCAUUAGACGUCUCAGCGACUCAACAGCAACAGCAGCAGCAGCUGCUGCUAGAGACACACCAACAUAUUUCGCUUAAUGCGAUAACUUCUCCCAAUAAGCACACACAUAGUUUGAGACGUCAGUUGCCUCGGAUUAUUGUGAAAGCCAUACCACCACCUGAGAAGAAACCUAUGCCCGGUGAGUAUAUCCUGGACAAUGUUAUCCUGUCCACGGCGACAACGUUACCAAAUGUGUCACCAAGCGUCGUAGCACUGUCGGGGCCGCAGCCGUCGCCGCCAGUCCGCGCUAUCAGUAGUCGACGCAUACAACAACAACAGCAGGCAAAGGCUGCUGCGGCGGCGGCGGCUGCAGCAGCGGCAGCAGCAGCAGCCACGGCUGCAUCUAGCAAUUCGUCUUGCUCACCAGGCGGUGCCAAGUCUGUUAGCCAAACAAAUACCAUGCGUGAGGUUUUGGCCUCCAUACCGGGCUUUAGUGUUAAGCCAAGGCGACGCAGCAACAAGAAGCUAACAACGGCCGCACAGAUUGAGCAGACUAAGGAUGGCAAAAUUGAUCUGGAAACGCCGGACUCUAUAUUGACAUCCGCGAAUUUACGAGCGCUGCUUAAUAAGCAAACAUUCUCGUUGCUGCCGCCUCUAUAUCAGCAUAAUCUCAUCCAGCUGUUGCCUAGUGUGGAUCGCGAGGCCAGCGAAGUGUUGCAGCCAUUCGAGCAGGCAAGUACCAGUUGCUCUAGCAGUGACUCUGGUGAAGCCAUACGCCUGAGUAGCUCCUGUCUGAAUAACGAGUUCUUUGCACGCGCUUGUUUGGAAUGGCGGGAACGUUUGAGCGAAGGCGAAUUUACGCCAGAAAAUCAAAUCAAAUUGAAAACGGAAGCCGAGCGUGAGAAGAACAAAUUGGAUCCAUGGAAGCUAAAACAUUUCGAGCCGUAUUGGGGUGAAAAAAAUGCAAAGCGUGCACCAAGUACCAACAACCUGCCCGCCUGCAAGGUGAAGCUGGAGCCACUCAAACGGCAGAUGGCAACAACAACACCAACAAAUCCACCACAACAACAACUACAAAAAGCAACAUGUGAUAAUGAGACUGAACAGAAAUUUAAUGCGAGCACAAAGUGCGGGACAACAAUGACAGACAGCUUGGUAACUGCAACAACCACAACAGUAGAAGCCAACAGCAGCGGUAGUAUCAACAGCAAUAAUAACGCGUUUACGGAGCAGCAGCGACGCAUCUUGAAGCGACCCUCCAGCAGUCCUUCAAGACGCAAAAACACAACAGCAACAACUGUUGGGGAUGGUUGUCAAGUUGAAGUACUGGAUGAGCUGCCCACAACAUCCAAGCAAAUAAAGCGUGACAUUCAUGAAAGUGUUCCUAUUGAGGAUGUUGUCGAUCAUGCGACUCAAGCAGCAGCAAUAAUAACAUGCAACCAACAGCCACUUAUUAACAGUACCUGUGAUAAAAUUGAGCCACCUGAUGUUGCACAGUUACAUAACAACACAACGACAACAACAAUAACAAACGCUGCAACAAAUGUGCCUGAAUUGUCCAACGAUUUUGUUGGCUUUAUGCAGGAUGUGGUGGAUAUCUCAGAAGAUACCAAAGUAACGGUUAAUGUGGCAACAACUUCAGCAACAGCUACGACAUCAUCAGCAACAAUAACGCCACCGCAAGAAAUUGUGUUUGCCGAUACUAUAGAUCAUGCAUACUUCCACAAUCAUCAAGCUGUCAUCAGUCACAACUACUACUCAUCGCCCAAUUCGAACAGCGCAAUUAUCAAAUUGGACGACCGUUGUGAAAAGCAGCUGAUGGACGAUAUUGCCGCCGCUAGCAGCUCAAUGACCAACUCGAGCAGCUCGCCCGCAAGCUCAUCGACAUCGACUAGUUGCAGCACUUCGUCUUCAUUGUCCUCAUCCUGCUCCAGCAGCAAUUCUUCCAACACGCCAGCAACCACAACCACUACCACAGCAAUGCUGGCAACUAACACAGAGCCCACACUUGCUGAUAUGCAAGUCAUGGUAGCCACAUUACAGCAGCAGCAACAAGAGCAACAACAACAACAAGUAGCGCCAGUGGUGGAGCUUAAUUCCAACGAUAUGUUUCAGCAUGUGCAACACGAUUGGAAUUUUGGCGGCAUUAAAUUGUUGGCAGCCACACCCGCAAGCAAUGCAUCCACAUCCAGUGUGGAGCAGUUGCAACAUGAAGCAAUACAGUUAAUGGAUACUGAGGAGGUUGUGCAUGAAAUGGUCGAGUGUCACAAUCUGUUGGACCAUGAAGAGGAAGAAGAGGAGGAGGAGGAGGAAGAACAGGAAGAAGACGAGGAUGAUGAUGAUGAUGAUGAUGAUGUUGUUGAGUGUAUAGAUACCGAACAGCAAGAGCAAGAGGAAACACUGGACGAUAGCGAUGGCGAUACUGUGCGCGAUAUUGUGGCAACGCUGCAGCAACAACAUCAGCAGCAGCAGCAGCAACAACAACAUCAGCAGCAGCAACAGUUGCAGGCGCAGCUUCAGGAUGUGGUGCAAUUGGCACAACAUUCGUUUAUACCACAAGUGCACAGCAACGAUUAUAGCAAUGAGAUUACUCAUGAGCUGCUGUGUGAUGCGGUGCCCAUGUCGGCUGCUGAGAUGGAAGUCAGCAGCACAGUUAUAACCAACAGCAGCAAUAGCAAUGAUAGCAGCAACAAUCUGAGUCUGUGUAGCAGCAACAGUAGCAGCAAUAUUACAAUCAAUCAGCUGCCAGCACAAGCAGUCGCUGCUGCUGCACCAGCCGUAGCUACUGCUCCGGGUGUUGCUUCUUCACAGCAACAGCGUCAGAUAUUGGUUGAUUCGAAUGGUCAAAUCAUUGGAAACUUUUUGCUGCAGCAGCAACAACAACAACAGCAGCAGCAACGUCAACAGCUGCAACAGCAAUUACUACAGCAAUUGCAAGUUGCCGCUGUACAACAACAACAGCAAGCCAGCAGCAGCAGCAAUGCUUUGCAAAAAACACAUCAAGCUUUGCCCGUAACGCUACGCAAACCAUUUGAGAUCAACAGCAAUGGCCCGCAGCCGUUUCUGGCGCCCAAUAUGCUAGCACAGCAGCAACAACAACAACAACAACAGCAGCAGCAGCAGCUGGAACAGCAGCAACAGAAGCAGCAGCAAUUACAGCAAUUUGCUUUACAGCAGGCACAGCUGCAUCAGCGUCAACUGCUUGCACAGGCAGCCAACAAUAACUUAUUGCAGCAGCAACAAUUGCAACAACAACAACAACAGCAGCAGCAGCAGAGCUAUCAGCAACCACAGCCCAAGUUUAUAGCCAAGCCUUUGAAUAUUAUUUCCAUGCAAAGACCCGCCAAUGUCUCACCCAGUACAGCAGCAACGGGCGCCGCAACCAGUAAUACACAAAUUCCGUCCGCCUAUGCCAAUGUUGUUGCCAGCGCAGUGCAGCAGCAGCAGCCGCCACAGGCAAUAGCUCAGGUCAAUCACAACAACAACAACAACAACAACAGCAAUCCGACACUGCCUGCAGUAAAUAACGUGCAGCUGAGCAUGAAAGCAUUGCCACCGUCGGGCGUGCCAACGACCAUAGCACAGCAGCGAUUGCAGCCCAAGCUGCCGACGGGGAAGGGUCGCAAGGCGACUAGUAAUCGACUACCACCAGGCGCUGUUAAUCUGGAGCGCAGCUAUCAAAUCUGCCAGGCGGUUAUACAAAAUAGUCCCAAUCGCGAAAAUCUCAAGGCGCAACUGCGUCCGCCAGCGGCCAUACUCAACCAGCAGCAGCCAACGACAGCCGCAACCACAGUUAGCAGCAGCACAAAUGCGCCAACGAUAAAUGUGUCCACCGUGGCAGCUACACCCUUAAGCAAUAUAAGCGCAGUUAGCAACAAUGUGACUGCAGCGCCAGCAGCAGCGCCACCGCCACAGAGUCUGGUCAAGCAGGACGAGUUGCUGGUGAGUGGCGCAGCGACAGCAACACUUAAUGCCGGCAUGCCCCCUAAUGUUAUGGGCGUAGGCAGACCCGGCGUCUACAAGGUGAUUGGACCACGGAUGAGCGGCUUUCCGCGCAAGAAGUAUGUACAACGCAAACCUUCGCCCACCACGGUCAUAAGGCAUAUGCUGACAGCGGCGCCUGGAGCGCCUGCUGGCGCCACACAGCAGCAGCAACUGCAGAUGACAGCGGCAGGAGCGCAGGUGAAUCCACAAGCGCCACCCACGCAGGAGAUAUUGCAUCAAAAUGGCAGCGGUCAGUAUGUGCUGGUGCAUCGCGCCAAUGUGGGAGCGGCUGACAAUCAGGCGCCACGAGCGUCGAGUGCGCCGCCGUUGCAUCAGAAUCAGUUUGUUACCGUGCAGAAUCCGCUGCACAGUCUUAAUGGCCUUAGUAUGGGCGGACGCGGGCGUCCCGCUUCGGUAGACAAUAGCAGCAACAGCGUUAGCCUUCCCGUUGCUAAUGGUGUGGCCAAUGAAGCACUGCAUCAUCACGAACUGCAGCAGCAACAACAACAUCAGCAGCAGCAACAACAACAACAGAUUAACAAUGUUAACACGGCUGCGAAUAUUGUGCGGCGCAAUAUCGCUGCAGGCACCAAUAUUACCUACAUUGAUGGCAGCAACAAUGGUAAUCCAUCUGCCACUGCGGCGGCUUUAAUAGAGGCUGGCAACAAUUUUAUAGUAACAACCUCAACAGCAGCAGCGGCAGCAGCAGUAAGCGUAACAGCAGCAGCUGCUGUAACCAAUCAACAAGCAACGACGCCACAACAAUUAACUCAACAACAUCAACAACAACAACAGCAACAUCAGCAGCAGCAGCACGCUCUUCUGCAAUUUCAUCAGAGCGGCGAAAACACGCCACCGGGCAAUGAUAACUGUGCAUGCACCCUCAACCCUAUGGUCAUUUGUCAACAGUGUGGUGCCUUCUGCCAUGACGACUGCAUCAGUGCGUCCAAGCUGUGUGUAUCUUGUGUGAUCAGAUGAGAGCGUUGCCUGCAGCUCAGAAUUGACAACAUCUUAUAAUAGUUACAUAUUUAUAUAUCCCGCAUACCAAUAACCAUACUUAGCUGCAAACAUACAAUACAUAUGCAUAUUGUUAGAUACAUGUAUUGCCAGUGCACAAUGUAAAUGGCAAAUUAGUUGAAAGCGACCUACUAACCAGUUGUAAAACAAUGACCAUUCAUUUGAUACCAGACAAAGCAAAUGUUUUAAACUCUUAAGUAUAAGCUUGAGCAAGAAGCAAAACCGAAGACAACCAAACGCCAUUUUAAGAGCAGAGGCUAAGGCACAGAGACAGACAGAUCAAUAUAGUUUUUCAUUCACUAGGCAAGCAAUUUUCUAAACGAUUUUUGUAUAAAUCCGCCAAUAUAAACUGCAUACAUACAAAUAUAUUUGUAUACUUUGUGCGUGGUUUUGGGCAAGAGCAUCAUGCUGUGUACGUUGUGCUUGUUGCAUAUCCCCUAAGCGAUUUAUAGUUUGAUUAAUUGUUUUAAUUUUCCAGCAAAUAAAAAGCAAAUACAAACAGGAUAAUCAGCCUUGAAAAACUAAUGUAAA